UCUCUCUCUCUCUAAACAACUCUCUCGCGCUCUGAAUCUCCCACUUAUACUCUCUCUCUCUCUCAUCUCGAUCGAAAGGAGAACAAGGCAGAAAUCAAACCCUAAUUUUUCAGUGAAUCUGUCUCUCUCGCUCUCUCUGUCUGUCCCUUUCUUUUCAUUUGGAUCCCGGUAGUUCCUGCAUAAUAAUACCUUAGGUUUGUAAGAUCUUAAAAAUAUAUAUUUUGAAGGCAAAGAAACCCUAGGCUUGUUGCUCAUCUGAUGCUUAUACCCACCAGAAUUUGAGGAUUUUUUUGAUAAAAAUUUCUUGAAUCCACGCAAGGUUCGAGUUUGGAUUUGCAGAAUAGGUUGAUCAUACUAGUAUGUGUAUAUAUUUGUGCUUCGGUGUUUUGAAUUGGACAAAGAUUGAUUAGGGAGAGUUUCGGUGGUUUUUGGAAUAUUGGAUGUAUUGGAUAUUGUUCUAGAUAGAGCUGGAUCAGAGAAUGGAUUUGCUCUAUUUUAGGGUCUAGUGGCAGUGGCUUAGACUUUUUUUGGGCUGAUUUGUAUUGCUCGGGAGUUGAGAAAUUGGAUUUGGGAUUUGGUAAUGGGUGAUGCCUGAGCUGGGCUUACUAAUUUGUUUGCACUGAAUUGUAUAACUUUGUGUAUCAAAUUGACUUUCUGGGUUAGAAUUGGUGUAGCAAUUAGGCAAUUAGUGGAUGUAUUAAAUUGAAGCUUCCUGUGGAGGUAGGAAACCCUUGUGUUGAUUUGGAUGUUGAUAUGGUUUUUGGGCUUUGCCUUUUGAGCUUGGAGUCGUGACUGUUGAUUGAAGAGUGGUUGUUUUUACGGUUGGGAGGACACUCUGAUUAGCUUGUAGUUGGGAUAUACUGUUUGCAUCGACUAUUUGCAGAAUGAGCUUAGAGAAUGAAGACACGCACUCACCAGAUCAGCCUACUGAAACGGAUAACGAAAUUCAAAAGAAGUCGAAAAUAUCAUAUACGAGAGAAUUCCUACUGUCGUUUUGUGAAUUAGAUAUCUGCAAGAAGUUGCCAAGUGGGUUCGACCAGUCAAUUAUAAGUGAGUUCGAGGAUGCUUUCAAAGAUCGGCAAAGGAUAUCUAGUGGUUUGUCAUCACAUAGUUUCAGGCGAAAUGAGUAUGGUUCGUCCCCACCCACGAGAGGGGAUGUAGCUGGUUAUUCGCGGGCAAUCCCUGGAAGGUGGGAAAGUCGUUCCACUGGACGGAGUGAUAAAGAUAGUGACUCGCAAUCUGAUAGGGAUUCAGAUUCUGGAAGGCAUUAUGGGAAGCGGUCUUGGCAGGUUCCUGAGCAUGAUGGACUACUCGGAAGUGGUUCCUUUCCAAGACCUGCUGGGUUUACUGCAGGGAUAUCAGCACCAAAAGUUCGACCUAAUGAUACGUACCAGCUCAAUAGAACCAACGAGCCAUAUCACCCUCCCCGCCCGUACAAGGCAGCACCUCACUCGCGGAGGGAGAUGACUGACUCAUUGAAUGAUGAAACGUUUGGUUCGUCUGAGGUUACAAGUGAGGAUAGAGCAGAAGAGGAAAGAAAGAGAAGAGCUUCGUUUGAAUUGAUGAGAAAAGAACAGCAGAAAGCAUUUCAAGAAAAGCAGAAGCUGAAGCCAGAGAAGAACAAAGGUGAUUUUGACUUUGCCACACUGUUGGAUGAUUCCAAAGAUGAGAAGAGACUUUUGCAUAGAAGCAGUGAAAUAGAAGAGCCUCUUAUACCACCAGCUUCAAAUAAUGAUGCUGAAAAGUCUACUUUUCUCUUGCAAACUCCUGCACCCAGACCUCUUGUACCCCCAGGUUUUGCAAGCACAGUCUUGGAAAGAAAUCUUGGAGCAAAGUCCUUGAGCCAUCCCCAUGAAGUGGAGGUUGGGAGUUCUGAACUUGAUGAAAAUAUUUUGCAUGCCAAAAGUAAACUUGUUUUAAAUGGGACUUCUGAUAAUCAAGUGGAGAAACAAUCAGCUGAACAAAUGGUGUUGGGCAAGCAGCAACAUGGAAAUGCAAGUACUCAUGCCUUGGUUGAUAGCAUGAGUGAGAAGAAUCCAAAUUUGUCACCACCCCAAGGUGCCUAUAAUAAGAUGAUUGGCAUUGAUAGUCAAUUAUACGAUACAUUGAAUACAUCGCAAGAUUUAGAAGCUUCAAAAAAUAGUGAAGUGAUUGAUCUCAAUGCUGAAAAGCUGGCCGGGAAUAAGAUUGUUGGUGAAUCCAAUGAAGGUCAUUCUACAUCAAUACUGGAAAAGCUCUUUAGCAGUGCUGGAGCAUUAAAUGGUGUUGGCUCCUCUAAGAUAAGUGAGCAUCAUGAUAGUAAAGCAGAUGAGACAUGGAGCCCUGACACUGUCCAGUCUUCCAAGUUUGCUCAUUGGUUUCAUGAAGAAGAAAAGAAAUCUGGUGAUGAUCUCUCAUCUGGAAGGCGAAAUGACUUACUUUCAUUGAUCGUUGGUGGUGAAAAAGGUGGACCCCACAUUUCUGAUGGGAUACAUGAUCACAGUCUUCCUACUUUUUCUUCCCAAAACUCUGAACCGGCAGACAGGCUUAUGACAUCAGAUUUAGUAUCUCCAACAGUUGGUAACACCAAGCAACCAUUUAAAAAAAAUAAACCAGAGGCAGUUUCGGCGGUCCUUACUUGUGAAGACCUUGAACAAUCGAUUCUGUCUGAAAUUAGUGAAAGUGGUCCAAACUUGCAGCCCCCUGUUCAAAGGUGGGCUUUACCUGGUAAAAAGCCCGAGCAGCUGAAAGCUAAUGUCGAUAAUCAUGCAUCCCAGCACCUACUUUCACUGUUGCAGAAGGGAACAGGCUUGAAAGAUAUGGAACCAUCCCCUAAUCAAGAAACAACAUUUUUUGAAAAAUUACAUGACAUGGAAGGAACAACUAUUGGCAGUGCAGUUCACAGUUCAAAAGAGGACAAUGCUGAAAAUGCUUCUGAUUCAGGGAAGAGUCUGACUCUUGAAACACUCUUUGGAACUGCUUUUAUGAAAGAGUUACAAUCAGUUGGCGCUCCGGUUUCUGUUAAAAGGGGCCCAAUUGGGUCUGCAAGGGUAGAUGUUGUAGAGCCUCAGGGGUUACCUUUUCCCGUGAUAGAUAACAGUCCUCUUCCAUCUGCAAAUGAAAUUGGACCGAACACAACUAGCCAUAGUAGUAAUGACUUGACAGCACAUAGAAGGAAGCAAACAAAAUCAGAUAAGAUGCUAGGUUCAUCACAGGUCGGAACGGACUUGGGGUCUAAGAUUGGUGUCUUUGAUGGGCCUGCCGAUUUUCGACUUCCCGAAGAGGAUAGCUUGAUUACAGUGAGUGAACCAUUGAACAUCCAAAAUUUUAUGUCUUCUGGGAAUCUAGUGAAAAACAAAUUGUUCUCCUCCCCAAACACACAAGUUGACAUUGCUGAAAAAUUGGCAGCUAUGAAUUCGGCCUUUAAAGAUGAAAGGAGUAUCAUGGUAAGCCAAGAAGGUCCGCCUUUUCUUCGUGGUCCUUAUGAUAUGAGAGAGCCUGAUCUCCCAUAUCAGAACCUUCAUGUUCAGCCAUCAUCUCAACAGCUCCAUCAUCCUCAGUUGAAUCAUGGGGGUUCCUUGUUCCAUCAAUUAGAUUCUCAUCCCGCUAAUAUCAAUUCUCAGAUGAAUUUUAUGGCGCCAGAGGGCAUUAUCCGAAGUGAUCCUCCACCAAACCAUCAAUUUCAUGCAAAUAUGGUUCGUCCACCUUUUCAUCAUGCAAACGCCGGGCAAUCUGGGUUUGAUGCUCAUGCCCAUCACCCUAUGUUGCAACAGAUGCACCUACCAGGCAACUUUCCUCCACCUCACCUGCUACAAGGAUUAUCCAAUGCUCAACCCCUGCCUCCUCAUCCCAACCGGGGUGCACCUCAUCCAGCUCAUCCAAGCAGUCAGGUGAAUAGUUUUAUGCAAGAAAUGAACCCAAUGCCAGGUUUUCCUUAUGGUCCCCGGCAGCCCAACUUUGGUGGUCAUGGAAUGCCGUCACCUGCUCCUGAGGUUGCUGGUGGAAGCAACCAUCCAGAGGUACUCCAAAGGCUCAUGGAGAUGGACUUAAGGUCAAAUUCGAAACAGAUUCGCCCAUUUGCUGCUGGUGGACAUACUCAAGGGAUGUACGGACAUGAACUUGACAUGGGUUUCGGGUAUAGGUAGUUUACUCAGAUGUUUGAACUUGUGCAUAUCUCAUUGUAUUGAGAGUCUCGUGGCUAGAUGUGCAAUUCAAGGGACGGGCGAUGUGUUUAAUAUUGCUUAUUUCAAAUGGGAUCUUGAGGCUAGUGUAAUUAAUGGAUUUUUCUUGCAAUUA